UCGAUUAUUCAAACGAUUGCACGUCCCAUUUGACAGAGUACAGAGCUCGCACGAAAACAAGGAUGGCAGGCAAAGCCCAAACAGCAGGUGGCACCGGGCGGGAGACGAGCGGCAGCUUCCACGUUCUGGUGGCUCUGCUCAUAGCCGCCGGAGUCAUUGCAGUCGUGUACCUCACGUGCAACGAGGAGCGACAAAUAUUGGAGGAGGCCGACACAAGUAGAGAAGCGCUCUGGAGCACAGGCGCCAAAACGGAGCGGCAGAAAUGCGAUCUGUUCUCCGGGAGGUGGGUGUAUGACAACGUUUCGUACCCGCUCUACGAGGAGAAGCGAUGCACGUACAUGUCGGAUGAGCAGGCUUGCGAGAAGUACGGGCGGAAGGACCUGAAGUACCAGCACUGGAGGUGGCAACCACAUGGCUGCGACAUCCCGAGGUUCAACGCGACGCGGUUGCUGGAGAGGUUGAGGAACAAGAGGAUGGUGUACGUCGGUGAUUCCUUGAACAGAGGCCAGUGGUAUUCCAUGGUCUGCCUCGUCGAGUCCUCCAUCCCGCGCCACCUCAAAUCCGUCUCGCACUUCCUCAAUCACUCCUUAUUCGUCUUCAAGUCCUAUGAGUACAACGCGACGAUCGAAUUCUACUGGGAACCAAUGCUUGUGGAAUCGAACAAAGACAAUGCCUACAACCACAGCGCGGGUAACAGGACUGUUCGAGUUCAUGCCAUCGAAAACCAUGCGAGGCAUUGGUCGGAUGCGGACAUUCUCAUAUUCGACUCUUAUAUUUGGUGGGCGAACCUUAUGAUGAAAGUUUUGUGGGGCUCGUUUGGAAGUGCUGAUGGAAUUUAUAAGACGGUUAAAGCGUCUCGUGCAUUCGAGAUGGCUCUAAAUACAUGGUCAGAUUGGUUGGAAAUGCACAUAAGUAGAUCCAAGACCCGGUUGUUCUUCGUUAGCUCGUCUCCAACUCAUGAAAGAGCUGCAGAAUGGGGUGGUGCUGAUGGCGAAAACUGUUAUGGGGAAACAGAGCCCAUCACCAGAGAAGAUUACUCGGGAAGGAGCUUAGCCCCCGAACUGAUGCGUCUGGUGAAGAAUGCUAUUGACAAACUCAAAACAAGAGGCGUCACUGUUCAAUUCCUCAACAUUACACUGCUCUCCGAGUACCGCAAGGACGCACACCCAACUAUUUACAAAAGACAAUGGCGUGCCCUGACCAAAGACCAGAUAGCUAAUCCCAAGAGCUAUGCAGAUUGCGGUCAUUGGUGCCUCCCUGGAGUACCGGACGUGUGGAACGAGCUUCUUUAUGCCUACCUUCUCCGAAAUUAGACCUUCGAGUCGGAGGAAGAGCAAGGCGAUAGCAAAUGGCUAGCAUAAAUUCAUGAUAUGUCAACGCAUAUAUUGAUUGAUUGGUUGAAUGGAUCGGGCGGUUUGGAUCGAACCGAUUUUCGAAAAUAAAAAAGAUAAUAAGUA